AUGGUGGUGCUUGCUGGACUGGCAGUGGUGGCAGUCUCCGGUGUAGUCUUCUGGACUAGAGACACCAGCGCAUCUUUCGAGGGGUUCUAUGCCUGUAUGGCCCCUUACAAUGCCUUUCUUGCGCCCCUUCAUGGGAAAACUAGCUCUGGGGAUGUGGCCUGGGAAAGGCUACCCACAAGGCAGGCAGCUAUUCAGUCCAUCUUGGAAGGUGAGAAGGCUUUUGGAAGCACUGAGAAGUUGUCCUCCAUGCUGCUCCACUUGAUAUACGGCACAUUCCUGCUGCCCUUCAUGCAGACACAUCCCGGUGCACAAUUGCUCGAGGUAGCCUCUGGCUGCAGUCAAAGUCAUGGCCCAGGCGCGCGCAUGGCUCUGUGGAAGAAGCUCUUUCCAACUUCCGUCCUGUGGGAAGCAAGUGUUGAUACUACCUGUGCUGCGGCAGAUGGGGGUGAAAGCAAGACUGGGCAAGCGGGACUACGGAAGUGGUUGGAUUCCGGAAGUGGGGAUCUCCAUGUAGUAAUCCACUCUCAGAACCGUCAUCAGCAGAUGCCUGCAUGGACGGUUUUUGACUCACUGUGGCCACGGUUGAGGCCAGGCGGCAUGUAUUUCAUAGAAGUCUUCGAUGACCGCGAGGCAGGCAUCUCCAACAGACUUGCGCAAUGGAUUGAUCAACUGCUAAUCCAUGCACCUUCUGAGAGUGGCGCCCGUGCCCACCCAAUGCCCAGCGGGCUCGAGUCUGUCUACUGUCAACGGCAGGCGUGCAUGAUCCGGAAGCAAGUGUGCCGCCGUGACUUAAGUGACAGCGGCAACUUUGUCGCUCACACUGUGUAUUCCUUUGAGCAGGCAGCAGUGGAAAUGCCCCAGCAGACGGACAAGACCACAACCCACAGGUAUCAGGUGAUGUAUGGCACUUUCCUGCUUCCCUUUCUGCAAACUUCCCCGCAAGCAAAAAUGCUUGAAAUUGGCCUUGGCUGUGGUAUGGUAGCCGGCGCAGGUGCAAGUGCAAAGCUAUGGUUAAAGUUGUUUCCCACGCUAGAUCUGUGGAUGGCAGACUAUGAAGCAUCAUGUGUGGAGCAUGAACGCAAGGCUGGACGGCUCGACGGUAUAAAAACUGUGACAGGGGACCAGGGUGACGCCGCCAUUCUGCAAGAAUGGCUGAUCACCACUGGCGGCAACUUCGACGUCAUCAUUGAUGACGGCAGUCACCACAACAAGCACAACAAAGCGACCUUCGAGGGCCUUUGGCCAGCCCUUCGGCCGGGGGGCCUCUACUUCUUGGAAGACCUACAGGUUGGCAGGGAACCGGAGUAUGCAGAUGGGCCGGCAACAUCUGAAAUCAUGCAGGCCUGGGUUCACCAGAUGCUGGAUCCCACCACAGCAUCCGGACGAUUUCCUCUUGCUCCGGAUGUGGAGUCGGUCUACUGCCAGUGGGAGGCAUGCGUGAUCCGCAAAGCUGGUGGCUUCUGA